CACGCCCCCAGUGGGCGUGUCCUGUGACGAGUUGCAAGGAGGUUGUGGAAGAAGGAGACGAGCUGACCUACAAGGAGAAUACAAUGAAAGGAUUAAAAGUGGAUGCUUGAUCUACUUGGUCCUCAACGACACAUUUGAGAAAGUAGUACCUUUGGCCACGCCCCCCUGCCAUCAAAGAGAAUCAUAACACAAGAUGGCAUCCGGCCGCCUGCUGCUGCUGGUGACCUUUUUGCUUCCUGUCGCCGGGAGAGAACCCGCCGCCACUGACUCAGACUCAGUCGCCACGGGGACGUCCUCCGAAGACGAGUCCUCCUCUGAGGAGAUGUCCACGAGCAGCGAACACCUGUCGCAUCAAGCGAUAGUGCCGCGGUGGACGUCCCCGGAGAAGAUGGACCAAGAGCUGUACGUCCUUCCCGCCAGUGCCAGCGUGAAGUUCCGUUGCCCGGCGACGGGGAGUCCGCCGUUACAGCUGCUCUGGUACAAGAACGACAAAGACGUGCGUCAGGAACAAAGACUCGGCGGCUACAAGAUCAGAGACCACGCGUGGACGCUGAAAUUGGACUCGCUGGUCCCGUCCGACCGAGCCAACUACACGUGCGUGGUGGAGAACGAGCACGGCAGCAUCCGACACGUGUACCGACUGGACGUCAUCGAGCGCCCCGCCUCCAGACCCCUCCUCCAGGCCGGCAUGCCGGCCAAUCAGACGGCGGUGGUCGGCAGCGACGUGGCGUUCACGUGCCGCGUCUUCAGCGACGCGCAGCCUCACGUGCAGUGGGUCAAACACGGCCGCCAAGCCGACGGAAGCCCGAGCCGACUCGUCGUCAAGACGGUGAACUUGAACACAACCGAAGAAAACAUGGAGGUUCUCACGCUAAAGAACAUAAGCACCGCCGACGCCGCCGAGUACACGUGUGUGGCGACUAACUCCGUUGGCGUCACGCAACACUCAGCCUGGCUCACCGUGCUCAAAGAUCCGCCCCCCGCCCCGCCCUCCUCCUCCAACUACCUGCUCACCUUCCUCUCCUGUCUGGGCUUCUUCAUCUUCCUCACCCUGGUCUUCACGGCCGUCAUCUGCAAGUUCUGCUCCGUCCCCAGGAAGAGCGCGGUCAGCAGCCAGCUGGCGGUCCACAAGCUGGCAAAGAGCGUCGCCCUGAAGAGACAGGUGUCCCUGGCGUCAUCGUCCCCCUGGCAGUCCAAGAGGCCUCAGUUCAGCGGCCAGCAGGUUCCCUACAACCCUCGGUGGGAAAUUGCCCGCGACAGGCUGGUGCUGGGCAAGCCGCUGGGGGAGGGCUGCUUCGGACAGGUGGCCUUGGCGGAGGUGGCGGGCCUGGACGAGGAGCGGCCGGCGUGCGUCACCAAGGUGGCGGUGAAGAUGCUGAAAGCGGACGCCGGCGAGAAGGACCGGCUGGACCUCAUCUCCGAGAUGGAAAUGAUGAAGACGAUCGGUCGCCACAAGAACAUCAUCAACCUGAUCGGCGCCUGCACGCGUGACGGCCCGCUGUACGUGGUGGUGGAGUACGCCGCGCUGGGGAACCUCCGAGAGUAUCUACGCGCUCGCCGGCCUCCCGCCUCAGAGUACUCGGGCAAGGCGGCACCGGGCGGCGUGGAGCUACGAGAGCUGGUGUCGGCGGCGUACCAGGUGGCCCGAGGAAUGUCCUACCUGGCGUCCAAGAAGUGCGUCCACCGAGAUCUGGCGGCCCGCAACGUGCUGGUCACCCACGACAACGUGAUGAAGAUCGCCGACUUUGGCCUGGCCAGAGACGUGCACCACGUGGACUACUACAAGAAGACCACCAACGGUCUGUUGCCCGUCAAGUGGACCGCGCCCGAAGCGCUGUUUGACCGCGUCUACACGCACCAAAGUGACGUGUGGUCUUACGGUGUCCUGCUUUGGGAGAUUUUCACACUGGGAGGUUCUCCUUAUCCCGGCGUUCCUGUGGAGAACCUCUUCAAGCUCCUGAAGGAAGGUCAUCGCAUGGAAAAGCCUUUGGAGUGCACGCAUGAGAUCUACGUCAUGAUGCGAGACUGCUGGCACGCCGUCCCGUCCUGUCGGCCAACUUUCCAGAGGCUGGUGGAAGAUCUGGACAGAACGCUAGCUCUGGUAGCUAAUCAGGACUAUCUGGACUUGUCCCUCAGCCACAACCCUCUGCUUGGCUCCUCCCACUGGACCCGGGCCACGUAGACGCCGUCUUUGUUGUCUGUACUGGCAAUGUUGUAAAUAAGUGUCAAUAUGAGGGAGCGACGUGUCAAUCAAAUUUUUUCUUGUCUUGGUGAGAGUUUGAUUGACAGGGAACAGAAAACACGCUUGAUGCUUCAAACUUUUAAUUUAUGCAAAUGAGGUCACGUCUUAAAGGACGCUCCGUGUCCGGCACGAAGGCGUCCUGGAGACAAUAAAUAUCUGGAUUCCUUCUUCUACUGGUGGCCGCUUGGCCCCGCCUCCUGGCCCUGCAGCGAGCGCUUCCUGGCAAAGAGGUGGGUGGGGUCGCGACCCCGGAAGCCGGGCUGGACGUUGAAGACAGGAACGUUCCUCCAGCUGGCCGGGUCGCUGAAGGUGGCGGCGGCCUGGCCGGCCUCGCACUCUUUGCUCUGGACCAGCUGGAGGAAAGUCUCCAUGUCUGGCCCCAAACGGGCCAGCAGGCCGGCUCGCACCGCCGCCACCGUCUGCUCGUCGCACGCCUGCAGCGUCUGAAGCAGCGUGCUGUAGUACCUGGACGCAGCACGGGUCAGAGGUCAAUAGGAGGAGUCUUCAUUGACUGAGGGGGGCGUGUCCUUACCUGUUCGGGAAGUGGGCGGGCACCUGCACCACCUCCCCGAAGGCGUCCGGGUUGGUGCGCGCGACCGUGCAGAUGUCCAGGCUGCUGAAGCACUCUUCCUCCACCUGAGGCACGCAAACACAAGUCAGUCAGGGGGGGCGGGGUUUGAGGGCGGAGCUUAAAAACAUGUCCCUCCCGCUGACCUCGGCGAUCAUCCUCUGGAAGAUGUUACAUCGGCGGAUGGUUUGGAAAACCUUGUUGCCGAUUCCCUGAGCGAUGCAGUGCAGACUCUUCUUGACAAAGGUUUUACCCUGCAAACAUACAGAUUUUUACGUCUAAUCCCUCUUGGAACACCAAACUGCGCCCAGGACCCAACCUCCAGGCUGAUGAUUUUAGCUUGUCCUGAUGAAUUUGGAGGUAAUCCUCCUUUUUCAUUAUCCCAUUUAAAGCACCAGAGCAAAAUACUACAACCACCACGCUUGAUGGUAGGUUUGGUGUUCCUGGGAUUAAAGGCCUCACCUUUAGGGAGAAAUACAGAGCGCCAAUAAACCUUAAAGGCACUGCCUUUGCGUGCCGGUCCAAUCACGUAAUAUCUACGGCUUUUCACACACACAAGUGAAUGCAAGGCAUACUUCGUCAACAGCCAUACAGGUCAUGCUGAGGGUGGCCGUAUAAACAACUCUUAACACUGUUGAAAAUAUGCGCCACACUGUGAACCCACACCAAACAAAAAUUUCGGGAGAACAUCCGCACAGUAACACAACAGAACAAAUACCCAGCACCCCUUGCAGCACUAACUCUUCCGGGACGCUACAAUAUACAAAGAGAAAUUAAAAAAUCAUGUAAACAAACACCUUGGGCCAUAACAGGUAAAUUAAUAACAGAUUUGUUUGAAUGUAAACAUUUAAAAAAAAAAAACACGCCUUGUAGCAAAUACUGUGAUGAU